AUGCCAACAAUCAACGACCUUCCAACGGAGCUCAUCCUCGCAAUUUUCGCGUUUAUGGACCCUAAGACUAUGAUUAAUGCGUCCUCUGCCUGUCGUCAGUGGUACAAACUCUACUCAUUACCUGAGCAGCAAUACAAGGUCGCUCAGCAUCGAUAUUCUGUUGCCGAUGGCCCGCCAAACGACGAGUGGCCUGCCAGUCGGCGCCUUGAGGCGCUUCGAGCGCAUCAAGCGCGAUGGCGCACACUUUCAUGGGCAAAAGCCAUACGUUCAAUAAUGACACAAGGGAUCAAUGGGAAUGCUUUUCAGGAGUUUAUGGACGAGCAAACAGGUUCCAGAACUGUAUCAGUCACCUUCAACAAGGCGCCUUCAGUCAUAGUCAACAGCGACGAGUCGAUGUGGUCAAUCAAUGUGCCCAUUCCCAUCCGUGACUUUUGCAUGGACAGUUACCAAGAUCUUGUUGUCGUUAUGAAUGCUGAAAAUCAACGAUCACGACGAGACGUUCACUUUCUUUCAAUGAAGGAUGGAAAACCCCAUCCUUGUGCUAAAUACCCUAUGGUUUCGGAAGACAUCAGCUCUGUCUGGCCUUACGACAGUGGAUGCAUGAUUGAAAUCUACGGGGAGCACGUUAUCAUUCUCUUUAGAGGACACAUAUAUCCUACUAUGGAGGCACGGAGUCGUACAUCCGUUUUGAUCAUAUGGAACUGGAUCACGGGCGACAAAACGAUGCACCUCAGUUCAAGCGGUGGCAAUCUCAUUGAUUCGUUCUGCUUUUUAUCUCCCGGCCAUGUCCUAGUCGGACGACGACGGCUAGAGGCGUCUACGCCUUCUGCUCAGUCUUCAUUGGAGGUAUAUUCCUUUGGCAAGGGACUACGACACGUCACUAUGCGCCGGUUUCAGCUACCCCAACUAUCAUCGGACAUUUAUCUGACUUUCCUCGAACUCUUGUGUCAAGCAGUCCCAACACCAAACCACCAUGCAUGGCGGCCCUUCUACACCUCACCAUCCGAUUGCAUAUGUAUGAUAAGCGCCUUUUACUCAAAUUGGGAUUCACAUCGAUGCAUGAACUAUAUUGUCUUCACGUCUACAUUCCUCAAAGCGUUUCCAGAUGAAGAAAUCAAUUCGGAGAUUAUCGAUAUGGGUGGAUUCCGACAUAUUUCGACAGUAUCAUGGAAAGACUGGAGUCCGCAGGUUCGCGUCACAUCUUGGAAUUCAGAAAGGAGCGUAUUCAAAGCCGUGACGUGUGGUACCCGCAUUGUGCGUCGCAUCCAAGCUGGCACCGUGGGUCGAUAUCGGAUCCAAAUCUGCGAUUUCAAUCCAUAUGCGUACUCUCAGGUUAAAGGCGCACUGGAUGUGGAUAAGAGGGAGACAGAAAUAGUCACACGAAAGAAAUUGGCCAGAUUCCGCUUUGACCUCUUUAGGCGCGUGGAUAGAACGGAGAGUAAUGUCAAGCAGAGUGAAGAUAUCGCGACCGUGAUCUACAAGUACAUUGACUCUGUUCACUCUCCUCUUGAUCCCAUAUUCAUGGAGCCUAUUGACUAUGGACUGCCGUACUUGGAGGUGACAACUGUGGAAGAUUUCGAGGUGAGAUACGUGAUGAUGGAUUUCGAAAAUAUAUACCUGCUGAGCGAUAAUGGCGUACGAGUCCUAUCCUUCUAG